AUGGACUCUCCUCAAGAAACAGUCCAGCUGGACAACUUCCACACGAUCUUCGGUUUGGCGGGCAAAGUGGCCGUCGUCACUGGUGGUUCACGGGGACUAGGUCUUCAAACAGCAAGUGGGUUCUUGCAAAGUGGAUGUUCCAAGGUGUACCUUGUCGCGCGCGGUGCGGCGGACCUUGACGCAGCAGCCGAAGCCCUGAACUCGCUCUCGACGCCGCUCAAACAUGGCGAUGCAAAGGCGAUUCCGAUUGUGGCUGACAUUUCCACCUCCACUGACCACGUCGACGUCCUGGUCGCCAACGCCGGGGCCACUUUCAUCGGCAGGUUUGACGACUACAAAGAGCAAGACUUUGCCAACGUCAUGAACGUCAACGUCAACAGUGUGUUUUUCUCCACGCAGCAAUUGACUUCUCUACUCGAGGCCGCAGGCACCGUGCAGGAUCCUUCUCGUGUCAUCAUGGUCUCCUCCGUUGCCGGUGUCGUCAUUGGAGACGUUGGCGAGCAUGGCACGUACGCUUACGCCGCUUCCAAUGCUGCGGUGGUCCAUUUGAUGCACAAUCUGGCCGUGGAGCUCGGCCCGAGACACAUCACAGUCAACGUCGUGGCUCCAGGGAUCAUUCCCACCAAGAUGAGCGGCGCUCUGAUGGCUCGACAUGGAGGACUGGAGGCGGUGGCCAAGCAGGUUCCCGAUCAGCAGUUGGGCGCCAAAGAAGACGUCGCGGGAACCAUGGUCUUUCUGACAAGUCGGGCCAGUAGACACAUCAACGGCUGCACCGUCGUAUUGGAUGGUGGAAGCUUCCUGGUUCGAGGAUGUGCGUGAUUCGGCACGUUGCAGCACUGGGGCAAAAAGGAGACAUAGUAGACCUUUGACAUUUCAUGCUGGUUAAAUCAUCUCAGAGCUGGAGCUGAUCAUACUACGCUUGCACUAUGUAAGAAACUCUCCGGUCAAGAUUCCUGGCCUCAG